AGUGUUAUCCUGGAAAGUAAACAGUUCUGUCCAUGACUUUGUGCUAAUCAGGUGGCCUCUCAACACUCAGUCCUCAGGGCGAUUGAUUCCCGCCACACCGCCACAUUUUCUCUCAACAUUGUGACAACUCCAAGCAUGUGCCAAGGAAUCUCUACUACUCGUGGUCUACUUGUGCAAAACUUUGAAAACCUCUCCACGCUCAGCUGAUUUGCAGAUCUUAUCGUUGCUUAGUGGAAAGAUGGCGGUGAAAGCAGAGACACGUAAUGGCCACGAGCUGUCCCCGUUGAAUGUGCGGCUGACAGAUGACGGAGCCGGAGUCACAGUCGUUUUGACGCCCGCAGGAAGUGUCGCCCAAGGCAACGAGGAGAGGGCGUCAUGGGACAAUAAGAUGCAGUUCAUGCUUUCAAUCAUUGGCUACUCUGUGGGACUUGGCAACAUCUGGAGGUUUCCCUACUUGUGUCAGCAGAAUGGCGGGGGGGCGUUCCUUAUUCCAUUCCUGAUAAUGUUGGUUCUCGAAGGCGUUCCGCUGUUCCUGAUUGAGCUUGGAAUCGGGCAGAAGAUGCGACUGGGGUCGUUGGGAGUGUGGAACACGAUCCACCCUUGGCUGGGCGGCCUAGGCAUAGCCUCCUGCACUGUGACAUUCUUCGUCGCCCUCUACUACAAUGUCAUCAUCACUUGGUGCUUCUACUAUCUAUUCAACUCCUUCCAGUAUCCGCUUCCAUGGGCCUCUUGCCCUAGACUGGAGAAUGGCAGUGCAGUCCCUGAAUGCGAGAAAAGUUCUGAGACAGCCUACUUCUGGUACAGAACCACCCUGGACGUGUCUCCUUCCAUGGAGGACAGUGGUGGUCUCAAAUGGUGGAUCGUGCUCUGCCUCCUGCUCGCAUGGUCCGUUGUCUUCUGCAUUGUCAUGAAAGGCAUCCAGUCUUCGGGAAAAGUUGUGUACUUUACCUCAAUGUUCCCUUACAUUGUUCUCACAAUAUUCUUCAUUCGAGGUAUCACUUUGAAAGGAGCGAGUGCUGGGUUAGUGCAUAUGUAUACGCCCAAGAUUGACAUGCUGCUAAAUCCAAACGUGUGGUUGGAUGCAGCCACCCAAGUCUUCUAUUCGUUUGGAUUAGCAUUUGGAUCACUGAUAGCGUUCGGCAGCUAUAAUCCGCCGAAAAACAACUGCGUAAGAGAUGUGAUACUUGUAUCCACCACCAACGCUCUCACAGCCAUCUACGCCAGUGUUGUCGUAUUCGCCAUUUUGGGUUUCAAAGCUAGAGCCAACGUUGAUAAGUGCAUAUUCAAUCUGAAAUUGACCGACCCUAUAGCGGCAAACUCAACAGAGUAUUUGGAUGAGCAUUGCAGCUUAGCUAAACAGCUUGACCAGGCUGCUGAGGGCACAGGUCUGGCGUUUAUAGUGUUCACGCAGGCGAUAGUUGAGUUGCCAGGUGCUCCGUUCUGGGCCAUCAUCUUCUUCCUAAUGCUGCUCUCCCUGGGAAUUGGUUCGCAGAUUGGCAUUCUUGAGGGCAUGUUGUCCUGCAUCUUCGACAUUGACUUUUUCAAGCGCAUCAGGAAACAGUAUUUGACAGGUUUUGUUUGUAUCACGUGCUUCUGCGUUGGCCUGAUCUUUGCGACUGGAGCUGGAGAGUAUUGGCUCAAGCUUUUUGAUUCGUUUGCUGGAACCAUUGGUUUGGUGAUGAUCGCUCUCCUUGAAAUGAUCGCAGUCAUGUUCAUAUACGGACACGAGAAAUUCACUCAAGAUAUUGAGGACAUGACUGGCUACAGACCCGGACCAUACUGGCAGAUAACCUGGCGGUUUUUAGCACCUGUCAUCAUGACUUGCAUUCUCGUCUCCUCCAUUGUAUUCCGAAUCCUCAACAAGAAUACCUACAUGGCUUGGGAUGCCAACAAGGGUGAAACCGUUGAAACUGAGUAUCCAGACUGGGUGAUGGUGGUGGCCAUUCUGAUGGUUUGUGCCAGUAUUUUCCCCAUUUUUGCCGUUUUCCUACUGAGGAGAUUCCAGUGCCUGAAGCUGGAUGUUGACAUACAUCAGGGUGCCAUACGUCGCAUUGACACUACUGUCUCCACUAAAGAGAUGAUGGCCGAUGUCGAUGAAAUCGCCUGUGAGAUUGGAUAUUGACUUCACAAUUAGAGAAACAGCUGGAUGAAUACCACGACGACUCGGAGGACGAGGAUGAAGAGGAUUGCCCGCCAUCGCGUCAACGUUUAGGAAAGACAUUCAAGAUGGAGGUUAUGGACUUCUAGCGACCUGGUCGUCAGAGCGAAUGCGAUCGCCGACAAGAACGCGAAUGCCGCGUCUGAACAAGAAGAUAACAGUCAUCCGGAGCUGCAGACAUCACAUUAGAUCCGGCACGACUCGACUCGACCGCACAGCUAGAAGCCAAUACUUGCUUUCCACUUACAUACUUCAACUUCUCCCAAAUCAACCAGGGUAAACACUAAACAGGCACGAGGUUCUUUGUGAAUGAGUGAUGAUCAUCCAUCCUUUCUCCCUACUGGAGAGUACUCAAUUUCCAAGGCUCAAAUAUGGACAGUAUUACCAGCUCCACCUCGGAGUUCAAUAAUAUUUAAUUACUACAUAAAAGUCUGGAUAUCAAUGUGGUAGUAGUAAGUUGAUAGCCGAUUGAGUAUUGUCGUAGAUUUCCCCAUAUACUGUAACUCUCUUCUCCCCAGCAUUGAGUUGAAAUAACUCUCUCAAUAAUAUUCAAUUACUACAUGAAAGUCUGGAUAUUUAUGUGGUACCUAGUAUUAGGCUGAUAACCGACUCAAAAGAUUGAGUAUUGUCGUAGAUUUCCCCAUAUCCUGUAACUCUACUUUGCCCAGCAUUUCAAAUAUUUCUGAAACCUCUUAGUUAACUUUGAUCCAAAUUGCAAAUAAUCAUACACAUUUAAUCAUUUUGCUUGACAUCUUUGGUGUAUGUGUAGCUCUUACUCGUAUAAUAUUGUAUUUUCAUUGUACUCGUUGGUAUAGAAUUGUUAACAGAUAAGAUUGAUCUUACUUGGAUAAAGUUAUUGAUCCAAAAGCUUGAAUUUCGAGUUAUAUUAAUUAUUGAUGAAUUUCAAUUUCACUAUCCUCAAUUCUUCUAAUCAUAAUUGAACAAAACUCUUAAGAAUUCUCUGUUCAAGUGAAGUUACUCUACUAGAGUGAAAAAUAGGUACUAAUACCAUUAGUUAUAACUUUAUUAUUGGUCCUAAAAAGAAUUUUUUUAUUUAAUUGGAAUAAGAUAUGAUGUACAUGUUUUUUGACAUUGAUUGUACUUAUACUGCAUUACAGGCUUUAAAAUGAAACAUUCUUUGUACUCAAAAUUGCAAAAGUCUGUGAGAGAUUAUUGCCCAUACUAUUCACUUAUCAAUUCCGAAUUCUUCAAGAUUCAAUAGAUGUCUAUUCUUCCACAAGCCGCAAUCUCAAAUUAAUUUUAAUCAAAUUAAAAUUGGAUUUGACUUCUUUCUUGAUCCAACAAAAUGGAUAGAAAAACCCUUCAUCGAAAUUCUCUUCAUAAAUAUAAAUUUGAGAAUUCUAUGCAGAUAAUAAAUUUAUUAUUUCCGUUUUAUGUUAUUAUGAGUGUGUUGAAAGAUAGCCUAUUAUUCCAUGGAGAAAGAGUACUCUCAAUUUCUGAUAUUAUACUUUAAGAAUAGUCAACAUGUACGAGAUCAGAGUCUAUGAAUUAUUGUAUGGAUGUAGUUGAUGUUGAAACUUUCUUUAUACUUCCAAAUAUAAAUAUAACUUUUUUAGAAGUUGUAGGUUUAUGUAGAAUUAACAAUAACCAUGUCCAUGGUCACUUGAAUUAAGUAAAUUGUGCUAAAUUUUAUAACUUUUCUGCAAACAACUGAUUAUCAUUUUUACCUUCAGCCUGUAUUCAAUUUUUGAUUGUUAUCUGAAAUUCUUGACAACAUUUUUUAACAACUGGAUAAACCAAUUACUAAUAUUGUAGAUGGACUACAGUUAAUUUCAAAUCUUCACUCCAUCCUGUAUUAUAAAAUACUUGAAGCUUUAUCGUAUUCUACAAGUGUCCUUGCUUGAAGCAAAAUCAAUGAAAAUCAGUUGAAUCAAUGAACUGAUUAGACUGAUGACAAUUUGUCGUUGAAGAUAAUCAGAUAAUGCUUCGAGUGGUGGCUUGGGUGUUCUUUUUCAAAUCUCCAACAUCUAUAGACAUUAUUUUUCAUGAGUUCAUUCAAGAAAACAGUGCAAUAGUCUCCAAUUAUUAACAUCAUAUACUAUUAUAACAAUUGUUUUCUUCAGCCAAGAACUUUUCCCUUGUACUUUAUAUAAUUUAACAACCGAGCUCUUCAUACGUCCAAAUUUCCACUCUUUACAAUCUAACUUGAAAAAAUGAAUCAAUAAAUAACCACUCAAAGGUAUCAACAGAUUAGACAAGAAAACUUGAGAAAAAAAGAAUAAAUUUAUACCGUAUUUCACAAGAAAGUUUUUAUUAAUAGAUUACCAGUAUUUGGAGUACUUCCAUUGACUAGAUUUUUAAAAAAAUUACAGAAUUAGACAUGGAGAGGCGAUUCCGUUUAUUGUGAAAUUUUAUUUUCUCUAAAAAGAAAUUCACAAGUUGACACCAAUAAAAUUGUCUAAUUGAGACCACAUUGGGCGUUUUUUCAGUCGGCACAUGACAUCACAGGAAGCUCUCCUAUUGGCUGAAGAGGAAGCUCUCUCGAGACGCCAAUUCAAUCAGCCAAUCGGAGAGCUUUCUGUCUUGUCGUGUCCGUCUGAAAUGACACCUAAUGUGGUCUCGUCCUUAUUUAAGCACUCUUUGAGGCAAAAUAAUUAUCUUGUUUUAGAAUGAUGAUAAUUAUAAUAAUUUUAUUUUUGUUCAAUAAUAGAACGUUUGUUAUUUCGGAUUCAGUACCUUCCUAGUAUGGGAUUGAAUAGAAAUAGAUGUUUUAAGAGUUUGAAAAGACAUCUGAAUAUAAUCCUUCAUCUCACCAGGACAUCACUCUCAGCAUUAUCUCCUUAUUAAUCAAAGCAACUAAGAAAUUAAUCAACCCACACUUUAAACGGGAUGUGAUUAUUGAUAUUGAAAACGAAAACUUGAUAGACUAUAUGCUCGUUGAUGUUCUUAAUAAUUUAGUAAUGUAUAACAGAGUUUUGAAGAAAUAUUGUUGAUUAGUUUGUAAAUGAUUGAGUAGUCUUCAUCUAUCUUGGAACGUCGUUUGGAAGUUUAAGGACACACAUGAAAUACAAUUUAUUGAUUCCGACAAUAUCUAUUUUGGUCCAUUGAUGGAUAUUAUAUCUUGAAUUUCCAGUAUAUCUAUCUUCCAUAGCAAACGAAAUCGAAAAUUGACAAUUUUUCAAAUUAUUAAUAUUGCCUUGUCUUGAUUUCUGAAAGGAACUUAAUUUAGAAGAUAUUCGAAACUAUAUGAACUAGUACAUAAAACAUCCCCACCUCCCUACCAAUCUGAAGUAAAAAAUCAAAAUUACUAGUUAUUUUUGGUCGAAUUUUCAUUUUUUAAUAUAGUAACACAUUUUGUGAGAUAAAUUCUGAUAGUUGAGAUACGUGUUAUCAAGCUCUGAAUAUUUGUAGAAUUAAAAAUAUCAUCACUAAGUAUUUCAGGUGUAUCCAUGAACGUUUCACUAAUAAAUAUAAAUAUUGUUUGUUAUAAUAAAUGUUUAGAUGUCAUUUUCCAGCAGCAGAGCUGUGAUCACUCAGUGUUAAGAUUUAUAUUAGACUAAAUGUGAUUAUUUAUUGUAUAUUCUAUCGACUGUUUGCUUGUGUGUCUGUGUGUGUGCUUCAGUAUAACAUGUGCACAUUUAAGAUGAGUAGGCCUACCAAAAAUGCUUAUUCUUCUUCAAACAAGACCAUUUUCAAAAAAUGAACCUCUUCUCACACACUAUAAAAAUAGCUUAUGAUUUUCAGUCACAGCUGUAUCGUUGUCUAAUCCAAAGAAUCUCAAAUUAUUAUAUUCCCAAUAAUUUGCUAUCGAUAGGCUAAGUAUAUCAACCAGUACUUUCAACACAAUUUGUUUUGAUGCAUUAGAAAGGGCGGGCAUCUACAAAACAUUAAAAAUCAAUAAUGAAGCAUUAUUUUUAUAAAAGAAUGAUUUAAAAUUAGGACUGAUACUAAUGCAUUUUUAUGUGUGAAAUCGAUCUAUAGAUUUGUUCGGUUUAUUUUGGAAGCCCAUCACUUUACAAAAAUUAUUCCAAGCCAAAUUUUCAAACGAAAAAUAUGUCUUUUCAGACCCGAAAUAUCUACUUUUAGGUAUUGAGGUUGUCGUUGGUUUUAGUUUUAUCUGCAAUUGAGUUACAUGAGAAGCUUGCUAAAAAUCUUAACUGAUUCAAUCUUGCAGACUGGUUAAAAAAUUACAGUACAUUUAAUUUUCUUGUCAAUAAUUGAAUUAUAAAUUAUUUAUUCGCUUUUUGACGAUAAUACAUUAUUGUGAAAAUGUAGUCUUUAGCACUGUAUGCAUUCCACUUUGUUUCAAAAGACACACAGACACACAUAAUGUAGAAAUGUAGAAUUGUGGAUUAUAAAUUAAAAGGUGUAAGAAAAUGAUGAGAAAUUCCCAAACAUGAGCAAAGUAUCAAUUGAAGACUCCCUUGCAUACUAUGGAAGAAGGAAAUUCAUAAAAGAUGUCGAUAAAUUUUAUUAAAUCUGAGUAUUGAACAACCUCUCAGUCUAAUAUGUUAGUGAUACUUCAUAAUUAUUGAUAAUAUUAGUUUUAUUAUUCUGUAAAACUUAAAGUAUUAUACGGUAUUUGAAAAAAAGCCAGUUACUUAUUAGAAGGUAUUUAGAUUUUAUCCAGCCGAAAUAGUAAAUUGAACGGUAAUAUAUUAAUGUAUUAUGUAAGUUAUAAGCGUUCCAAAUGCUUGUAUAUAGUUUUAAUUAACUGUAUUGUUUAAUUAAUUAUCUUAGUUGGGUAGUUAUAGAUGGAACUCUAGAUGGUGUAAGAUAUAAGUGUAAAAAUCUGAAUUCUAGGAUAAAUGAAGGUACUCUUAGCCCUAGGAAGGUUAUUGAUAACGACUUGAUGUACCGUACGAUACAUUAUUGUACUCUGUGAUUCCUUCUUCUUUAUCAAAUCAUUAAAUGACAAAUUUUGUUGUUCCUUUUACGGUAUAUGCAACUCUGUUGGUUGGAAAAUUCUAUACAAUAUUUGUUGAUUUUCAAUAAGGAUAGAUGUGAACCUUUACUUAUUGAAAGAAGUUUUUAGAAAUCUACCGUAUGUGUUUAGAGCUUGGAAAAAAUUCUUAAAUUUGUUAUUCUGUUAAACACACUGCAAGAUUCACUGUAACAUGAUAUAGAACACUCACUCAUCGAUAACAAAAUUUGAUAUUACCCAUGAUGGUUCAAAUCUUAAAUGACAUUAUUUUCAUACAAAUUAAGAACAAUUUUGAUAACCUAUGGACUUGCUAUUGGACCUUUUUUGAUACUUUUUCCAGAUGAUCACAACAUAGAAUGCUAAUUCAAUACGUUUAUAUUUGUAAGUUUAAAUCAGGAUACGGUAGGCCUACUUAUUUUGUUCUUAUAUUCUAUUUAUUCUUAUCCUUUUGGCUCAUUUAAUCUGGUUUCUGUGAUUCUAUCCACUCUGUUUUAUCAGUGUGAAAAAUGAUUUUCUGGUUAUAACUGAAAAUUCCUUGAUCAAUUACGAUUAACAUGAACUAUGUUAUCAUUGUACUUUUUAGAAAUCAAUGAAAUUGUUAAUACCGUACCUCGUUUUAACAGCAUAAAUACAAUUUUAAUAAAGGUUUGCACGUCAACGAGUGAAUACGGUACAUAUUUAUCUUGACCAUAGCCAUAUAUCUUGUCUAUCGUGUUACAUGUUUCUUGCAGCUCAUUUCUUAUUAAAAAAACCUACUUGAUUUUCUAAUAACGGGUUCAACUGCUAUCUUGAUGUUUAGAAAGCCUAUUUGCCGCGAAACAUGAUAAAAACCUUAGUGGUACUUUUCAAAUGAAAUGAUAAUGUCCUUUUUAUUGCAAUUGCAAUGCUAUUAUUAUUAUUAUUAUUCAUCGAUGAUUGAUUGUAAGUUAGUGUUCAUGAGAUUAGACUCGUUGGAUUAGGUCAGUUACGUUAGAAACUGUAAUAAUAAAUUAUAAUAUAUAUAUAUUAUAGUGAAAGUGAAUAAUACCAAAAGAGAAACUAUUUUUAGUGACAUAUUUUUGAAAGAUGUUUUAAUUUUUCUAGGCAAAAGAGAAUAUUUAACUCUUGUAAAUAGAUGGUUCGUAAAAAUCUAUGGUGUGGAUCGCAUGUAUAAUGCUUAGACAAAAGUUGAAGAAUUUCGUCUAACAUUUAAUCGAUAUGUUUGGAGAUGAUUAAAUAUUGUAAUAGAUUGCCUAUUUGCGACAUCUAUGGUUACCUUGAUUAGUUACUCAAUAUCUCCAAGAGAGUGUUAUUAGUUGUUACGGCAAAUAUCUUCCUCAAAGGAAGUAAAAUUAAACAUUAUAGCUUCUAUUAUAAUUAUUUUGGUGGAGAUAGCUUUUUGUGAUAUUAUGUCAACUAAGAGUUGUGUUGAAUGUAUAUUUUGAGUGGAAGUUGCAGAUUGAAAUCAAUGUUUAAAAAAUUAUGGAGUUGGUAAUUUGAGUACACUCGAUAAUAAUAUUCGUUUUUAUAUUUUUAAAGAUUUUUUACUCUUCCAAAUUGAUUUAAUUGGAGUUUGAAAUAUUUUAGAUGUUCAACUCCAGAUCUUAAUCCAUGUGAGUAGGUAGAUUUGCUUAAAUGUCGAAAAUAUUGGAGUUUGAAAAAAUAGUGUUAUGGAAAGUAGUCAAGAUAUAUGUUGUUGUGGUGUCAGGAGAGAAAUAUUAUGGAGUAGAUAAAAACACAUUGGCAUUUUAAUCAAAAUAUCCAGAUAUUGUUAAAAUGUGACAAGGUUAAUCAGUGUAUUUUAUUACCCACCUCUGAAAAUAUUAUAAACAAUCUCUGUUUUGACAGGAUCAAACAUAAUUUUUCUAUUAGCUAUCUUACUUCAUAUCUCACAUCACAUAUUAUUGAAAUGAUUUAAUAGAAUCCAUUUUACUCACGUAUUCAUCGACAAAAGAGGAAGCAAUCUCUAUUAUUAACAUAUAAGUUGAAUAUAAUUUAACACCAAAAAAGUGUCAAAAUUGGCGUUCUCACUUAGAAAAAAUAUUGAAACCUUCUCUAUAAUAGGGUGAUCUUGGUAUAUUGAUAACACUCUGAAAAUUAACUAAAUAGCCAUAACCAUUAUCCAAAUUUUAUCAUUUUCGCACUUGAAGUGAGUGAAUAAGGUAUGCUAUUUCGUUUCAUGUUAUGAAUAAUUCUUAAGAAACUAAUUUUGAAAUAGAAAAGUGACCAAAUUACACUUUUUUGUAGGUAAUGUAGUGUUUAUUUCUAUUUUUGUCCGAUAUAAACCCCUAAAUAAAAUAAUUUAGCGAUGUUAUUUGAUGAUUUUUUAUGUAACAACGCAUCAAAUAAAUAGUUGAUGUCUGUUUGCUCUUUCUAGAAGAUUGAAUUAUAUAUUCAUGUACGAUACCCAAUACAAUUUAUGAAUGAUCAGAUAAAAUAAUUCAUCAAUAUAUUGUAUUAUUACGUCUUCGUGAAUUAUUAAAGUAGUAAUAUCAGUGCAAAAGCACUAGUGAAAUUCUCAAAUUAUUUUUUAACACAUUUUUUCAAUAACCAAUGGCACAGGAUAUUAAUCAUACUUAUGUAAUAUAUAAUUGUUCAUGUAUUUUAAGGUUGCACUGUAUGCUUAAGAUAAAUUUGAAUAUUUUCCAGAGAUAGACCUUUGUUUGUAAUAUACCAUUUUCAGAUAUUUGAGCACAUUAUAACCAUCAAAGAUGAAUUGCAUGCAGGGAGAACAGUUUUUCAAAGACUCAUUAUUAGCCAAAACGUGAUUUAAGUUUCACUAAUAACUGUUCUCGUUCAUUAUUACUGUAGAUACCAAGCAUUCACAUCUAAGACUCUUGGCAGAUUCUCUUCGAGUCAAUCUUAAAUUUUAUUACAAUUUAGCAAGGGUUUUGUUUCAAGUAAUAACAUGGCCGAAAGUUUGUUUGAAGCGAAGAAUUUCUAUUAAUAUUGUAUGGAUUUUUUGUAUUAUUCAACAUGGUUGAAGUUUGCACAGUUUGAAUCAUUUCUUACUCGAGAAGACAAAACUUUCUAUGAAUUCUGAAUGUCUGAGAAAAAAGAAGGAUGUCAUUUGUUUAAAUAAUGACAAUAAAUAAUGUUAAUGAAUAGUUAUAUGAUAUAUUGCUAUUAAAUAAUAAGUUGUUAAUCUUAUAAGGCUGUGUGUCUGUUAUGCAGAGUGCGGUUCGAUCCUGUAAAGUCAAACUUAAGUAACUAUUCAUGAUUCAAUGGAGUAGAAAAUAUUAUUACCGUCAUAUUCGUAUUAUUAAUGGAUGUAUUUUCUUGAUUUAUUUUUCAACUGUCUAUGUAUUACUCUAUAAAAAAUAAUUCAAAUGUUUGGGAGAUUUUUAAUGGGAGCAUAUAUAAUAAUAUAUGUGGGUUGAAUAACGGUCAGGAGAGAUAAUGAGAUAGGUUGAUGUGAACGAAUUUACUUAGAGUAGAAAAUUAUUAUAAUCAUAAUCAUAUUAUUAAUGGAUGUGUGUUCUUGGUUCAUUUUCUAACUGUCUAUGUAUUAAUCUAUUAAGAAAUAUUCAAGUGUUGGGUUGGUUUUAAAGGGUGCAAAUUGUGGUUUGAAUAACGGUCAGGGCAAAUAAUGAGAUUGUUUGAUGUGAACGUAUAUAUAAAUGGAAAUAUAUUUAUGAUUCAAUAGAGUAGAGAAUGAUUAUUAUCAUCUUAAUCAUAUUAUUGAUGAAUAAUAUAAUUCAAUCAACUAUUGGUAUAUGUUCUUGUUUCAUUUUUCAACUGUAUAUGUAUUACGAUAUUGGAAAUUAUUCAAAUAAUGGGAUGGAUAUAAUGGGUGCAUAUAUAAUAAUAUAUGUUGUUCGAAUAACGGUCAGGGUAAAUAAUGAGAUAGGUUGAUGUGAAAGAAUAUAAUAUAAAUGAAAAUAUAUGUGUUUCAUCUGACUACCAUUUUAUUUAUGUCCAUGCAAAACAAGUUUUAUUCUCUUUUGAAACAUACCGCACUGUUUUUUACAGGAUGUGUCAGGUAAGAUAUAACAUGUUAUUGCUCUUUAGCAUAGAAUUCAUGACAUUCUUUCAGUUAUGCAGUGAAUAUUCUGUACGGUACUGAAAUAUUAAGAACUUCAAGGUGAAUAUUCUAUACUGCAUUGCACUAUUGAGGACUGCAAGUUGACUGAAAGUUAUGCACUAAUGUCAGUUCAAAUCAUGACAAACAUUUUAUCCCACUACUAACGCACAAGCCAAUAUUCACAUGAGAGCAUCAUCACCCCGUAAAAAAUAAAAAAUACCAUACCUUAUACAACUUUCUCAAUCAAAGGUUCUCUCAUACAAUCUGAAAUGGGGAAGAACGUGCGAUAUCACUUACUAGAUUGCUUAAAAAUUUCAAGGGAGACCAAAUAAAAUAAUAUAUAAAAUCGUAACUGUGUAAUAAUUACAAGUACUAAAUUGCGAGUAGUCUAUAUAUAGCAUGACAAUUUUAAAGAAAUUUUUAAGUUUAAAAGAAGUUUUUUGAGAUGAAUAUUAUUAUUUAUUACAAAAAAUAAUCUUACUACAAAAUUUGUUCCUAUAAAGUUAUAAACGAAUGUUGAAUAUUUUGCCUGUCAUCACAUGUACAGCUUUGAUGGAGACAGGAUAAAAAUAGCAAAUUAUUGUUGUUCUGAGUUUUAAAAAGAGAACAUUUGAGUAAUUGAUGCCUACAUCACAGAAUAUAAGAGCAUUUUUUCAAGUGAUUUCAUAAAUCAAAGGUGAAAAAUAAUAACAGUAUCAUUGAUAAGUUUGAACUAGUAAAAUUAUUCACAUUAAUGUACUUGUAAUAACAAAGGGAGUUUUUUUAUGAAUUUGCAAUACUAAACUUUUGAGAUGGAAUUAGAGAAAGAUUGAAAUAAAUGUUGAAAGUUCUUUUUCUGUGAAAUAGAUAAUAUUAUCAUUAUAGGGUGGAGUUUCGUUCAGGUGUGAGAGAAGUUUGAUAGGAGAGAGAGAGUAAACAAUGUGCUGAAUAUACAAAAACAGAUAAGUUUUGGCAUCUUUUUCAUUUCAACUCUUCCAGAAUAUUUCAUAUAAAUAUAAACAAGUUAAAAGUUUGGCAGAAGUAGUGGGAAGAAAUGCAGGAUAACAAACAGAAUGAAAUAGCAAUAAGUUAGGUUAGACAAAAGGAAAUAAAGAUAAGUUAGGCUAGAUGACUUCACAACCAGAAGUUAGGUUAGAUGACGUCACAAGCAAAAGCUAGGUUAGGUUAGAUCAUAGUUAUAAUUUAGGUUAGGUUACGUCACAGCUAAAAAAUAGGUUGGAUGACGUCACAACUGGAAGCUAGGUUAGGUCAGGCUUUAAAUUUAGGUUAGGUCAUUAGUGGGAUUGAGGUUAGGUUAGGUCAUGUCUGAAAGUUAGGUUAGGUUGCCCCAGGAAUUGCUGCCCCAGUAUUGCCAAACUGUUUUCAAACAGUCUUACCAAACUGUUUUCAAAUAGAUUCUUGAUACAUAAUGUUUUUUUCAAUCCACAUAAUUAAAUGCUUCAUAAGGGAAGACAUUCAAAUAGAAAGCAAAAGUAUUUGCUUUUAUUUGUUAUAAAUCAAGUCAAUGACAAUGUGCAACACCAGCACAAAACAUUGUUGCCACAACAUGAGUGUCAUUAUUCCUUCACAGAAAGUAUUUUGUUUCUAUAUUAUAUUAAUUAGCCAAAAAGAGCAUGGAUAAUCAACAGCAAAUAAUUUUACCAAAAAAAAGAGCUUGAGAAUGAUCAAGAUCAUAGAAGGUAGGGUAGUCCAGUAGCAUCAUAGUAAUUUCGAUGACUUCAUCUCAGAAAUCACUCUCAAGUUUACAACAGAAACUAGUAUUUUUCAUGGUAUGUUGCUAACCAUACACAUGACAUUGAUGUCGUUACAAUUUUUCAUGAGCAAUAAGGGUUCAAUAGGAACAAAAUGUCCGCUACACAACAUGAUAGGUAAUAGUUACCAGAACCAUGAUACUGAAUUUAAUAAUAUGUGAUAAACAAAAUCUCAGACUUGAAAAGAGAAUAAAGCUUAGGUCAGAUGAAACAAGUAACUAAUAAAUACCGUACUGAAUGUGAUAAACAAAAUCUCAGACUUGAAAAAAGAAUAAAGCUUACAUUUAGAAUGGUGGUCAGAUGAAACAAGUAGCUUUUAAAUUUAUAAUAAAUAACCAAGUAAAACAACCUUGGGAUUUCUUGUACCAGUAGCAGUUUUUAUCAUUUUUUUUCAAAAACAAUCAUAAUUAGAUUGAAUAUUUUGCCAGCCAGGUUCAGUUUUGAGGACUGCAGAGUACACAUUUGUAGUCUCAUUAUCAUGCCAGUAAGACCAUUGAUAUAAUAAAAUCAAAAAGCAAUAUUAUUUGGAAGAGCCACUGGAAGUGAAGUGAACAUUGUUUUGUAAAGGUGCAUACAGAUAUAAGACUCAUGCACCACAGGCACGCCCACCUCGCCCCCAUCAGCUAAUGCUAUGCUUAUUAUAUCUCACUUUUUCUGUACAAAUACAGAUAUAAUAAGCAUAGAAUCAGCUGAUUAAAAUCGAAAUGUGUGUGUUCAUGACGCUUAAACCUGUACACACCUUAAACCUUACCAAAUUGUUCAGGGUUACUGGUAAUAUAACUUUGAUGAGAAUAGGAUGGAAAUUAACUAGUCUUUAUUUUUCAAUACAAAAUAAUUUAUUGGUUUAAAAUUCAAUUCAUAUUGUUUUGUUCGUUAAUAGUAGACUAGUUACUGAGUUUGACUACAUCUUUGAAUGCAUUCUGUAUAACUUGAACCUUGAAUCAAGGUUGUACAUGGAGUGUCUCACGAUUUCAUACAAUUUAUUCUGUAAUGUACCCAAUGAGUUGAUGCAUUUCUCUAUAAAAACAAAUUCCAUGUUUCACACCAGAUAAUUUCUCAUUGUAAUAAGCUACUUUGAGACUCACAAAUAUUUCAGUUUUACUCAGUUGUAAUCUU